AUGGCAAAUAGACUAACUGUCGACAACGUCGUAGCUCUUGCAGUGAGGGCUCUUCGUGGAGAGAACGAUGAUCAGCUGAGCCUCAAUUCUCCUUAUGAGGUUAUUGCGCUUAUCGGCCAUGCCUGUAUGAAGGCACUCGACUUCAGGCUGCUUGGGCUCGGGGAGGAGCACAAUAUAGAGAGCUCCACUGAAAGCGAGACCUUACCCGCGGAAUGGAAUGCGAGCGAUACUUAUACCUUCCGCUAUGCCCAUUCGCAGUCAUCAAUGCAGUAUCUAUUAAAGAUUAGUCGGUUAGGAAAUAAUGCCGUUGUGCUUGCUUUGGCCUUGGGUGAUGACAAGACCUCUUCUUUUGACCUUCCAAUCAAAGAUUACAUCUCCCAGUCCGCUCUCCCUAUUCCUCCUACCGCCGAUCUAGCAAAAGCCCUUAAAGAAGUAUUUGUAUCCGAACAGCGACUGCAUGAUUUGAUUGGGAUGUUCAAGACGAAUGUCAUCCAGAAGCUAGCCCCUGGUUUGUAUAAGGAAGGAUAUGAGGAUACCAGCCAGGCCAUCCGAGAGAGACAGCAAGAACGGCCACCUCGAUACGAUCCUCUGAGGGAUGAUACACUCCCUCAGCCUGCACGUCCGUACCCCUUUGAUGAUCCCCUGGCAGCAGGUCCCCGGCGACCAGCUCCCCCGGGGGAUUUUGCGCCACCUGGGUUUGAGGAUGAAUAUGAGAUCUAUCGGCCACCUCGAGGAUACCCCCCGGGAAAUAGUGGCCGCAAUCCUAUGAACUACGGAGACAGAGACUUAUAUCCUGCGGGUCUUGGUCCCAAUGAUCCCAUUCGAGGGGGUGUUGGUCCUGGUCUCGGAGGCGGAGGUGGUGGUGGUAUGCAUCCAACUUUUGAUGAUCCGCUGUUCGGAGGUCGUGGAGGACAAGGCUACGAUCCCCAAGCACCUCCUGGAUCAAGAUAUGACCCCGUUGGUCCCGGAGGAGCACCAUCCGGACGAGGACGAGGACCCUUCGGCGGCGGCGGUUUUGGUGGAGGAUUUGGCGGUGACAUCAUUUAG